AUGUCAUCCCCAAAGUCGGCCGGCCGGCGCCAGUCACUGGCCGAGUUCCUACCUCUACUCCUGCACCUCAGCACAUUGUUUAUGAUGUGGAAGGGGCUUAGCGUCGUGACCAACUCGUCAACCCCCAUAAUAUGUGUCGUGUCCGAGUCAAUGGCACCAGCUUUCCACAGAGGAGACAUACUGUUCCUCUGGAAUCGCACGUCUUCAAUCGAAGUGGGGGACAUUCCCGUUGUCUGGUUUGACGAUGCUCCGUUGCCCAUGGUUCACCGGGUUGUACAGUCAUUCUGGGAUGAAGACACCAGGCGGCAAGUGUUCCUGACUAAGGGUGACAACAACGCGGUCACGGACGAGGUUCUCUAUCCCGGGGACCGCACUACGGCAUCACGGCAGGAGAUCCGAGGGUUUGUCAGGGGUUUCGUGCCACUUCUUGGGUGGCCAGUAAUAGGAUUUCAGGAGAUCGUGUGGGUGAAGUACCUGGUCUGGGCUUUUGGGACAUCCUUCACGGUGGAGUGCCACGACCGCGUCUUCAACCUCGUCACCACAGUGCUAGACACACCGCCCGGCGAGCCGCUCUUCCGCGCCGAGUCGAAGCUGGGCACCUCGUGGAGCUGGCGGCGCAAGGUGUACGACCAGCAGCCCGCGGCUGGCGGGCCUGCGCAGACGCAGAAGCACAUCUUCGACUUCCGGCACCACAGCGUGGACGCCAAGAACCGCUGGCUGGUCGAGGCCGCCGGCGACAAGCGGCAGCUGGCCGAGCUCGUGCACAGGAAGCAGGUCACCAGCGUGGGCCACUCGGACAUCGACGCCACGGUGCGCACCACCGCGGGCGAGGACGUCGUGGUGAGCAUGCGCCGCUCUGGGUCUGAGAGCGUCGCGUUUGAGGAUAUGUCCUUGAGCGUUGGCGACACGACGUUUGCGCAUAUUCAGAAGGUCGCGUAUACUCCGCCGGUUGGGCUGGUGGGGAAGGUCGUCGGGGAGAGCAUCAAGUGCCCUUCGAGCGUCUGGAAGGCGACCGUUGCGGAGGGGGUGGACAUGAGCUUGGUGAUGGCCAUGUCAGUCGCCCUGAAUAUUGUCCAUAUUGUGUCCCUCGUGUGCAUUGAAAAAUACGCAGCGCCGCAGGGUGCCUCGUUGGCCACUUGGACAUCUUUACGCGUGACCUGGCGCCUUUGGAGCAAUCCUCAGCUGCUACCUGCCACCAUUGUCACCCAGGCGACGAACAAAAAGGAUGAUACAAACACCAAAACCACGGCAGAGCAAGACUCGGUCGCCGUAUUUCUUCUCCUACGUCUACUGAAGCUCCCGCUCUACUACUACCUUUACACCUCUAUCCUGCCCUCCAUCUUCGCCGAGACUAUCUUUCGCCUCGAUACCUCAGACGUCGCCGAGACGGCUCUUCUCACCCGCCUCGGCGAUAUUACAACCCGCGAGGUCGUCGUGCGGUCCUAUACAGCAGUCGUAUGGAUCUGGGAGAGCAUGGUACUCCUAGACGGGACCAACGCCGUCCUGGGCAUCAUCGCUGUUCUCUCAGGUCUGGAUAGGCCUGGAGAUUGGCCAUCCCUGUUCGGAAACCCCCGUGCCGCCUGUGGCCUGCGGAACUUCUGGUCGCGGUUCUGGCACCGUCUCGCGGUCAGAUCGUACGGCCAAUUUGGGCGACUCGUAGCCACAUACGUCCCCGUCAGGAGCAAGCGGGCCCAGAAGUCGGUGGUGGCCUUCGUUGUCUUCCUGCUGUCUGGCCUUUCUCAUAGCGCUGUUAGCUGGCGGUUGGGCCAUGUGGACUGGCAUAUCGAUCUGCAGUGGUUCAUGUUCAAUUUCGCGGCGUGCUCGGUCGAGCUAAUGGUUGUCUCGAUGACAAGAGAUGUUGCGAGGAGAUUGGGAUUGGCGAGGGAGCUGGAAAUGCUGGAGGGGAGCUGGUUGGGAUAUCUGAUUGGUUAUUUCUGGGUGUUUGGCUUCUUCUUUUGGACGGUGCCCAUGUGGAGGUUUCCGAGAUUGCACAGGCAGUUGGAUGCAACCGACAGGUUGAUGAGACUAAUAUCGAAAAUGACGCUGAUUCCAAAGGUGGAAUCAUGA